ACCUCGUUCGCCGGUUCAAGACGACCAGAGGAUCCAGAACCUACGAGUGAUCUCCGACAAUUUUAGGGUAAGCGGCUUGCAGCUUUCAUUUUCAGGGUGUCUCUGAUUGCUCUUCAGCUCUGUUACUGGUUUUUUCUCCAACUCGUGCUGUGGAUUCUCUGUUAUAAGUAUCUUGCUUUCAAAGUUGUAUUUGGGAACUGUUGCACUUAGUGGCGAAGCAGAGGUAGCUCAGUUAAUCGAAUUUCCUGCUACUUGAGGGGUUUCAAUCAAGAUCUGUAAUUGGAUACACUGAAGGAAAAGAUCAUCCCUUCUAUUUCGGUGAGAAAUAUGAGAUUAGAUCAAACGGCUAUGUUUAUAUUGAGGGCUGGUUAAAGGAUCUCGAAGUGAUGUUAGACUGGAGCACCUGUGAGCUUGAAGGCAUUGUUUGGGAUGAGUUUAGUGAGAAUGAUGAUCAUAUAGUACCUCAUCCUGGUGGUGAAGAAGUAACAGGUCAAGUUGAUUGCCAUAAGAGGCCACGAUGUGAAGUAUCAUAUCCAUUUACAAGCAAUUCAAAUAGCCAAUACGCUGCCAAAGAUGCCCUCCAUAGGAAAGAUGAAACAAGUUUUGCAACUGUGAAGGAUCAGAAGGCUCCAAUGCUUGAAAAUGGUUCAUGGUCUUGUACUACUGAUGGAGUUUUUCCAGCCUCAUGUGAUCCUGACUCCAUUAAGGGAAUGCCAGGUUUAACUGCUGUUGAUACUAAGCUACCUGGUUACUGCUUCAAUAGUAACCACAUAGAUUCUACUAGCAAUGAGUUUUGCACAGAUGAUCCGAUUCUUGGUUAUAGAAGUGCUGCAGUAGGCAGCAGCUUGUGCCACUUUCCACUUGGUGAUAUUUCUUCAACAGGCAGUGACCUUGAGUUUUUUGCAAAUGAACAUGAGGACAAAGAGAACAGUGAUCUUCUGUAUUUUGGGUGGCCAGAUAUUGGCAAUUUUGAGGAUGUUUACAAAAUGUUUAGAAGCUGCGAUUCCACAUUCGGACAGGGGAAUACCAGUCAUGACGAUGAAUUUUCAUGUUUUUCUUCUUCCUCUCAUGCCAUUGAUGGUUCUGAAGAUGCCUUGAAAUCAGGCCUUAAAUCUUCUUCAUCGGAUUCAAAUGAAUUGAGAAGUAUAUCAAAACAUCAUGAGUCCGAUAAUAGAUUUAGGGUUGACACUAUAACUCCUUUGAUCAAUGAUUCAGAAGAAAAUAGUGCCCCCAAUGACUAUAAGAUCGAUUCUCGGGUACUAGAUGGUGGUGAACCUGCUACUUUGGGUCACACAGCAUAUGUUGGUUGGUCUGAUGCAAAUGUUCAAAAUAGAUGGCAAUCUUCGUCCAUUGAACAGAUCAAUUUGCAUAAUCAGCAGUUGAAGCACCACAAUCAAUCUGAAGGAAAAGGAAAAACUCAAUCCUCAGAAUUCAAUAGUGAUGGUCCUUCCCAUGGUCUUGGUUCUUUUCAACAAUUUGCAAAUUCGAAGCUUCCCCCUUCUAUGCCCUCAUCCCUGCAUGCUUUUUCUGCUCUAGACAUUCCACAACAACAGCAAAACUUAGGACGUAAUUUCUCAAGUUACUCGCACAUACAAUUGCCUUAUGUGCAACUAAAGCAUAAAAAUCCUUCUCAUCAAGUUCCUGUUACACCAACAUCCAGUAUCAAGACAGAAAACAAUCGUCAUCCUUCUGUUUCUUCAAAAUCUUCUUCUAUUGCAUCGAAUCAUGCUCAGCCCAUGGAACAGUCUCCUGAUUCUUCACUCAAAGCUUCAGCUAUGAAAUCAGAGAAAAGAGUGAGAAAACCUUUUCAACAGCAGCAGCUACAUGCCAAAUUAACUGGUGAUUCUCAACAGGAGGACUUAGGGAUGAGGGCUGCAUGUACAAAUCAAGUUUCCAACCAGAAACACGCAGCUCAAAUUCGAGAUGAAGUUGGAGCUCAUAGUGAAUUUGAAGGAAAAGGCAUUGAACUUCCAGCAGAGGAUUCUUCAACUGAACAGCAAAGCUCUUGCAUGAGCUCUGCACUUUCAGAUGUAGUAUCACUGGAAAAAACUAGUUUUGGGCAGCUUCAAUACAUCAUGGAACAGCUGGAUGUUAGGACGAAGCUGUGCAUAAGAGAUAGUCUCUACCGCUUGGCUAGGAGUGCUGAACAAAGACAUAAUAUUGGAAGUUUAAACGGUUGCGGCAGAAACUGCAGUGUUAAAACUGGAGUAUUGAAGACUGAAGAAGCAGAUAAUUGCACACGAUUUGUGGAUAUAGAAACUGAUACGAAUCCUAUAGAUCGGUCGAUGGCGCAUUUACUUUUCCACAGGCCCUCAGAAGUUUCUACAAGGGAAAUUAAUGGCGUAUUGUCCCAAGAGUCACAUGCUAUGCUUCAGGGGUCUAUUUCAAUUCAACCUACGAUGACAGAGGAACUGGUGUCAUCUGAAGAAAUUGCAUGUGGUGCAGAGACAGAGCUGCAUACUGAUCUGUAGGGAGAGGUUGUGAGCUUCAGCUGCAGCUCAAAGGACACUUCCUUGUAUUGUGCAUUGCUGGGUUUUGUAUAUAAAUAAUAUUAUGGAGAGGAACCAGCAAGCAUGCCAGGUUCGAUGCCAUCUUCUGGGAAUGUCAUCUUAUGUCAUAUAGCUUUAAAGCCCAUCUUAGUUUGUGCUUUAAUUUAACCAUUCACAUGUUUAAGCUAUUUAUCU